AUGUUCCAGCCCAAUCCGUACCACUACUGCAAAGACGAUCAAGACCACCCCAACCUUCGGCAUGAUCCUGUGUUCAAAAGCGCCGAGGAGCAGAACGUCUUCGUCCAAUUCCUGCUUCAAGCCAUCUACGAGGCCAGGAAAUUUGAACCGUCUCACGGGAUUUCUAAGCCAAAUAUUACAAAGCUACCCAUCUGCAACAGCGAACCGCUUGUUGGGUAUUCCAGGUCGCUUGUCACUGAAAAAUACCGAGAACGAGCCUCCUUCGCCCCCAUACGGACAAUACCUAUUUUCGAAAACCCAGGACAGCUUCUGAAUACUCAUCCCAGCCUGUUGCUUCCGAAGCCGACUCUUCAACGACACGAUUUUUCUGCAAUCGGCCGCCCGCCAGACGCCAACCAAUGUAUCCAAGAUUUCCGUUCCAGUAAUGCUCCACCAAUGCCAGACCAGCCAGCAAUUCCUGUCACAGGACCUUCUAUCGGGGAAGUAUGUUAUCAGUACCCCACCACUCUUCGAGCAGAGACGUCUCUAGGCCUGAGUUUUCAAGUACCCUCCUCCGCUCAUUCCUUAGCCGCUCAGGAACCUCAAGAACUUCUCCGCUUAAACGCCGUGAAGAAAAAAGUCUCGAUGCAUUUCAAGCAGAAAAUCAACGAUCGGCUUGGUCCAGAUAAUCCAAGUCCGAUGAAUUUGUCAGGGUGUUUGCGCGAUCCACGAGAGAUGACACUCUUGUGUGCGUUGAGAGGGGGCUUUCUACUUUGGGAUCUCGCUACUGGAAAGUUGCUGGUUAGGGACGGGUGUGAUCGAGGCUGUUGUGGAGAACUGUUGUGCAGGCAAGCAAGCGACGCUAAUGAUGCUUUGGAGAAGAGUCCUGACGGGGGGUUUGGUUUGAUUGUGCGAGGUCUGAGGCAGACGUUUCUUGACUGGCAGCAGAACCAAGCAGCCUAG